UUUUGAGCUCUGAAAGUCCAACAUCAUUUUAUACCUUGGGUUCCCUUUAAAAUUAAAAAAUGCAAUGCAAUGGCUUCACUGAUCUUAAUACUUAAUGUCUAAGUUUGCUAAAUUACAGAACAAUUUUUUAGGUGAUGUUUUAAGGAUAAAAUACAUGGUAAGCUUGAAUGGACGGUUUAUUUGUAAGAAAAAAAGUUUAGUUGCAGAUAAUAUGCCUGUCUACAUAUUAAUUAAGAUAAAAAUGUAUAAUUAAAAUAAAAUGUAUAAGUUUUUCAAAAACUCUCUUUUCACAAUGAAUAACAAAGAAAAAAACAUGCAAAUCUUCCGUUGCAGUUGCUAUAGCUGCAGCAGGGGUAAUGGUAGAAGAAAAAAUGCUGAAAUCUUUAGUUUAAACAAUAGCUCUGUAAUCAUUCUCUUAAUUUCAAAAAAAAAGAUGUGUAACUUUUAAAAAAAACCUUGAUUUAGCUAUUUACUUAUUAUAAAAAAAAUCUACCAUAGGCGAAUCAAAUUAAUUGCACAACAUUGCGACAACAAUCCUGAAAAGCUUCUCAAACAACCUUAUAUGUUACCAAAAAAAUUGACAUAUUUAUUGACUUUGCAUUUUUUAUGCUUUUGCAAAGUUUUGAAUUGCCACAUAAGAAUCAUUGAAAGCGUGACAAUAACUAACAUAAUCCAUUGAACGUUUCUCGUAGUAUCAUGAUUAUGGACAUUGACCCUUCAGUUUAGAUGUCACCUGCCAAUUAAGUAUUGGAUGUGCAGUGUAAACAUUGGAGUUUUUUUAGAAUCUUUAAUCAAUAUAUACUUUAUUAAUAUACAAGACAAAAAGAGUUCAGUAUGGAUAGACCAGCAGCAGAUAAAAAUACGAUAUUAGAGCAAGACUUAUUAGAAUCUUUGGACUUAGAGUCUGUUUCUGAAGAUUGUGAUCCUCUUAAUACUGCAGUUACAGAAUUUCACCACGUCUCCCAAAGCACUCCUGCAAGAGACUGCGAAAGUGUAAAUUCACUAUCAAAUUCCAAAAAUAAAAUAAGGCGAAGAGUUAAAAAGAAAGUGUGUGCUUCCAAGAGGAAAUUAGACAGCUCAUGUGACAGUGAUAGGAGCACUUUAUACCAAAUAAAUGAGAGCGUUUUCUCUGAUACAAAGAGUGUUUGUAUGGAAACAAGUAAAUUUGAUGUUUUACUUUCAAAAACAAUAAUUGAAGUUGAUAAGUGCAAGGCUACCAGAGAUGAAAAUACUGACUCAGACAAUUUUACUCAAUGCUUUGCAAAUGAGUUUAAUAAAAGCCUUUCAAAAAUCAGAAUAAUCCUUGAUAAUACCAUUAAAUCAAAUUUUUUUGAAGACACUGAUGCAGAUGACGAAAUGCUAGCAAAUCUUGACGUGACAGGGAUAAUACAAUCACGUACAAUACAAUCAUAUCCUGAAAAUACAUUUUACAGUCUGCCAAUGAAUGUUAAGCAAGUCUUAACACAAACUAGAGGAAUAAACCAGUUAUAUGAUUGGCAACAUGAUUGUCUAUGCUUGCAAGCUGUAUUUCAGCGUCAAAAUCUGAUAUACUCUUUACCAACAAGUGGUGGAAAAACAUUAGUUGCAGAGAUACUCAUAAUGAAGGAACUUCUGGUGAAUCAAAAGAAUGUUAUUCUAGUGUUGCCAUAUGUGUCCAUUGUACAGGAGAAGGUAAGAGAUUUAUCACCAUUUGCAGUACAGUUAGGAUUUCACAUUGAAGAAUAUGCUGCAAGUAAAGGCUCUAUACCCCCGAAAAAACGAAGAAAUAAAAGAUCAGUCUAUAUUGGCACAAUUGAAAAGGCAAAUGCAAUCAUAAAUAGUUUAAUUGAUUUGGAAAGAACAGAAGAACUAGGAAUGGUUGUCAUUGACGAGUUGCAUAUGAUUGGAGAAGGUGGCGGCCGUGGUGCACUUUUAGAAAUAUUGCUGUCCAAAGUUUUAUUCAAGUACCCUACUGUUCAAAUUAUUGGAAUGAGUGCAACGUUGGGGAAUGUCAAUGAAAUUCAGCAAUUCCUUAAAGCUGAAGUUUAUACAAAUAAUUUUAGACCAGUUCAGUUAACAGAAUAUGUGAAAAUAAAAGAUACAGUAUAUCAGGUUUUUCCUGAAAGCAAAACAGACGAAGAAUUAUGCAGACCUGUUAGGACUGUUGCAUUCCCAACAGGCUUAAAUGCUUCUAUAUCAUCCAAAGAUCCCGAUUUUGUUUUACCUUUAGUAAUGGAAGUAAUACCCGAGAAUUCGUGUUUGAUAUUUUGUCCAACUAAAAAAAAUUGCGAGAAUGUGGCACUGAUGCUUGCCAGGAGUUUGCCACGCCAGUACACAGAAGUAAAAAGUGUUGAAAGAAUGCAGUUAAUGAAGACUAUUCAUAGCACUGUUAAUGGUGUUUGUAAGACUUUACGAACUGCAAUUCCAUUUGGUAUUGCAUACCACCAUAGUGGGUUGACCAUGGAUGAACGAAAAUUAAUCGAAGAUGCUUAUUCUACUGGUAUUUUGUGUUUGCUGUGUUGUACAUCGACGUUAGCAGCAGGGGUUAAUUUACCUGCCAAAAGGGUAAUCUUACGUUCACCAUAUGUUGGAAAUAAAUUCAUGCUACCCAGCCAAUAUAAACAAAUGGUCGGUCGAGCUGGUCGUGCUGGUAUUGAUAGUUCAGGCGAAAGUAUAUUGAUUCUGCAGCCCAAAGAUAAAAUAAAAGCAAAGGUGUUAUUGGGUGGAUUAAUUGGCAACUGUACAAGUAGUUUAUUCUACCAAGAUGGUAAAGGCUUGAGGGAACUGAUGUUGUCUUUACUUGGACUAAAAAUUUGCACCUCUGAUAUUGACAUUCAAUCGUUUGUUUCCACCACUCUGUUUCAUGUACAAAACAAGGGAGAAAAGAGCUUUUGUGUAAUGGAUAAAAUACGAAAGGAGGUGAAAGAACUGAUAAAACUUGGUUUGGUGGUGGAAAGAGUUGACAAAAAAGGUGUAAAUACUCUUGAAACAACUGGAUUAGGAAAGGCUAGCUUAAAAGGUUGCAUCGAUAUUGACCGUGCUCCGUUUAUAUAUGAACAAUUCCAAUGCGCCCAAACAGGGUUGGUCUUAACAAGCGAACUGCACCUGCUGUACUUAGCCACACCUAUUGAUCAAGUAGAUGGUGUAUAUUUGAAUUGGAUGAUCUUCUACCAACAGGUAGGUAAAUUGAGUGAGAAUGAGAUGAAAGCAGCCGAGGCGAUUGGUAUUACAGAAAGCGUCCUCUGCAGGAAAGCUGUCGGACAAAGAUGCUCAAAGGUAGACGAAUUUGUAUACAAGCGUUUCUACCUCACCAUGAUGCUGUUCCAGCUGAUGAAGAAAAAGUCAGUUUGGCAAAUAGCUGAUGUUUAUAACGUUGCGAGAGGUUUUCUUCAGAAUUUGUUGUCAUCAGCUAUUUCUUUUGCCUCGUUGCUGAUACAUUUUACAGAGGAGCUUCCUGAGUUUUGGUCAUUCAAGUUACUGUUUCAAGUUCUGGUUGAUAAAUUAACCCAUACAAACAGUUUAGAAUUGGCACCUUUGUUAGAUAUACCAGGAGUAAAACAGGCACGCGCUCGUCAAUUGUUUAAAAGUGGCUAUAAAACGUUACAAGAUAUCGCCUGGGUUGAAGCUAAAAAGUUAACGUCAGAUGUUGAGUAUCUAUCUCGCAGACAAGCUCAAUUAAUUAUAUCAUCCGCGCAGAUGUUACUGCAAGAAAAAAUAGAGACAUUGAGAGAAGAAGCAGAAGAAAUUUCAGCUGCUCCAAAGAAUUAAUGUAUAUUUUAAUUUAUUUUUUUAUAUAUAUGUAUAUAUAUAAACGUAUCGCUAUACUAUCGACAUAAACAUUUUUCCUUGACUAGCUACACCCAUGUUAAAUUUGAAGUCAACGGUAAUUCUUUAGCAACUUAACAAAGUUGGCGAAAUGUGUCAAUUGGGCGUUGCUUUUUCCAGAUUAUAUAAACAACGUUCAAAAUGCAUUGGACCAAAUAUAGUACCUGCCUAAGGGGGAUCUGUGAAUUUUGAUGACCAUAUGUUAAAGAACGUCAUUAUAGCUAGUCACUUGUUUUACUUGCUACUUUGUGGAGGUUAGCAACUCUUUCAGCGACGCAUAGUCUAACUACAGUAUGGGGAAACGCCUCUUAAACUAUAAUGUUUGGGACGAAUAUUUUUGUUUGCUCUAUAGAGGUCUUCAGCUAAAUGUUUUAAAACUGAUACCGAUGCUAAAAUGUUGAUUUUUCCUGGCUGUGUUAAAAUAAAGAAAACUAUCUUAUGUCAGUUUUGCGAUCGAUCGACUUAAGGUUAAAUAUUUUUUUAUAGAAACACAUUAAUUUACAAUGACAUGGAAUGGAAUUCGAGUUUUUUCCAUUCCACAAAAAACAGCAACUGUUCUGCCCAAUAUUGUUA